AUGCGCGCGAUUCCAGUCUCCACAGAAACUUUCCUAUUCCCUCAACCAUCACACACUCCCAUUCCCAUUACCCAUUCCUCCACUCUUCUAUACCCUCAUCCUUUUCGUCUCAACAAAACCCUUUCCACCACACCACGCUCCUUCAACUCUAAAACCACUCUCUUCUUCUACCCAGCUUCCAAAUCCAACAACCCACUCACUCUGGACGACGAUAACGACGACGAUGAUCCUGGAAAUUUGUUGCUCACACAUGAUACCCAACUUCAAGACCCGGAUUCGCUGGUUGAGGAUGGGGUUUUCAUACAAGUCACCAAGCUUGACAACAAUUCACGCAGAAUCGAGUCCAGGAUUUCAAUUCACGCUUCACUUGAUUCCAUUUGGAAUAUCUUGACUGAUUAUGAGAGGUUGGCGGAUUUUAUUCCUGGACUUGCUCUUAGUAAAUUGAUCCAAAAAGCUCCCAAUUUUGCUAGACUUUUGCAGAUUGGAGAGCAGAACUUGGCAUUUGGGCUAAAAUUUGAUGCCAAAGGAGUUAUAGAUUGUUACGAGAAAGACUUGGAGACUCUUCCAUCUGGUACAAAGCGUGACAUAGACUUCAAGAUGAUUGAAGGGGAUUUUCAACUCUUUGAAGGAAAAUGGUCUAUUUCACAGCUUUUUAGCAGUGGAAGUAAUGAUGAGUCUCCAAUACCAGAGAUUAGCACGACACUUACAUACAUUGUUGACGUUAAGCCGAAGAUGUGGUUGCCCGUUGGGCUCAUAGAGGGUAGACUUUGUAAAGAGAUAAAAAAGAACCUUAUAUCCAUAAGGGGCGAAGCUCAGAAAGCUACUGAUAGAACUGUGGAUGUAAAUCAAUUCGGAUGA